UUUUGCAAGCGAGCAAGCAAAUUGUAUAUUUGUGAAAUUACCCUUUUUUUCAAACGGAAAAGCCAAAUUCCUUACUAGCCAAACCUGAUCUUUCUUUUAUCCGGCAACGCCCUCGGCUAUUUCCUUCUCGCGACAUCGACUUGCAGAUUGUUUUUGUUUUCAGAUAAAAAGAAGCAUUGAUGAAACCACAUUCGGCAUGGGGCUCACUGAAGAACCCGGUGAAGUUCAAGAUUCCAACAUCUGAGAAUCUUGUUCCUAUCCGUCUGGACAUCGAAAUUGAUGGUCAAAGAUUUAGGGAUGCUUUUAGUUGGAACCCAAAUGAUCCCGACUCAGAGGUGGUGGUGUUUGCGAAGAGAACUGUGAAGGAUUUGAAACUUCCUCCUGCUUUUAUCACUCAGAUUGCUCAAUCCAUUCAAUCGCAAUUGACAGAAUUUCGGUCUUACGAAGGACAAGAUAUGCACACUGGCGAGAGAGUUGUUCCUAUCAAGCUUGAUCUCCGAGUAAAUCACACAGUUAUCAAGGACCAUUUUUUCUGGGACUUGAACAACUUUGAGAGUGAUCCUGAAGAAUUUGCAAGGACAUUUUGUAAGGAUAUGGGAAUUGAAGAUCCAGAAGUUGGACCUGCAAUUGCCAUAUCAAUUCGUGAACAACUUUAUGAGAUUGCAAUUCAAAGUGUUGCAUCCGCGAAAGAAAGCAGGGCAAUUAAGAAAGGACGCAGAGGAACGGAACAUCUCUCAGCCAAUAAAACAGGAUUGCCUGCAUUGGACCUGGUGAAGCUAUUUGGCAUUAGAUCAAGUGUCGUCCGAAAAAGGAGGGACUGGGAUGUAUAUGAGCCAAUUGUCGAUAUCCUGUCAAAUGAAGAGGUGGAUGCCCUCGAGGCUAGAGAAGAGAGGAUUGCUCGGUGAUGCAGACAGUGUCCAUUGGAAUGGGUACUAGCAGUUUAAAGGGUAAAUCGUUUUUAGUUUUAGAAUGAUGAAAUGAAACUAAUUCCUAGUCAUAGUAUAGCCAAAAUCCCGUGUUAUAGAUAAUGUUUAGAUUUUUGCAUUGAUCUGCAGAUCACAGUUACCUCUGUUUGUCAAAAGAAUAUGGAACAGCACUUCUGUUUCAUGUGUUAAUGUAUCCUCUCUGCCUGAGAAACUAAUGAUUGCUAAUUUGGUAGUUAUUUCUCGA